GUUUUCCACUAAUCGAAGUUAAAGAAGAAGAAGAAGCACUGUCGUCACAACAAUUUAUCCGCCAUUACAAGUUGUUGCGGCUAAAGAUCAGCUCAUCUCGUCUGACAUCAUGGGUCGCCACUUUGGAGAUUUGGCCAAGAUCAGACAUGUGAUCACAUACAGUCUGUCUCCCUUUGAGCAGAGGGCUUUCCCAAACUACUUCUCCAAGGGAAUCCCCAACAUGUGGAGGCGGUUCAGAGCCUCCGUCUUCAGAUCCGCUCCCCCCAUGAUCAUCAUGUACCUGACUUAUACCUGGGGGAACCAUGUCCAUGAACAGGGCAAGAGGAAGAAUCUGUCUGACUUUGAAACCCCCGAGGAGUAGAAGAUCCUAUACUGAGCUCCUGAUGUUCCUGUGACUGUGUUUCUCUAAAUAAAGAUGGUAUUUAUCACUAA